UUUAAUUUUUGACGGACGACAUUUAAUUUUAUGCAGUUUGAUUGUCCUGCCCGCCAGCUUAGAAAAAUAGUAAAUUUUUCUCAAUUUGUCUAAACAGAAGUUACACAAGAGUCAAAACUGGUCCAUUUCUAAGUGAAGCCAACGGUUUCAGCUGCAUCAUGGUGCACCAAAGUAAAGUAAUUUUGUCCAUCAUAGUCCUCGCCCUCCUACACCCUGCAUUAAUUGAUGCAGUGAACAAAGUUAAGCCUCGAGAGGAGGAUCACAGAUGGCAUGAACAGCUUGAUCCCAAAGGGCAUGACACUGAUGUUCUAGAUGACCAAGGAUUGCACAACGUGGUGGACGACUUUCAGUCUAUUGUGAAUAACUUCUUUGGCCCAGAUGAAUCCGGGAUGCCAGGCUUCAACAUGUCUGCCGUGAUGCUGUCGGCUGAGAAACAGAGGCAUGAGAUGGAAAUGAGAGGUCCAUACUCUCAGGCAGGGUCGUUCGCCAGAGAACCUCUAAUCCCAAACGCUAUUCUGAAACGACUCAGCCCAGAUAUUAUUUGGAAUAUGACCGCAGUUGAAGUAUUCCAGCUCUUACAAGCGACUGAAGUCACCUAUGAGUCUCUGACACACAUACUGAGUAACCUUCGCACAGAGGAGUUUGACAUGAUUUUCGACAUUGCAAGUAGUGAGGAGCAAAUGCAGGAUUCAGUCCCAGAUCCAACUAUAGUGAAAGCCGUUAUUGACGCUUGCUCCAGACACUGGGGUCCUGUGAGAGAUUGGAGCGUAUCUCAGAUGGCUAAAGUUGGCCCAAUGCUGAUUAAUCUUAAUACAGAGCAGAUAAAACAACUCAACCAACAUACAUUGCCAGUUGUCUUGGACAUCUAUGCCAGAUUGCAUUACCGUGGCGAUGAGGCAAACACCCUGGUGCAUCAUGCCAUGAGAUUAUGGGGACGUAUCAAUACAUGGAAUGAAACUCAGCUUCAUUCUCUGGGACCACUCUGGACAUUGUUAAGCCCAAGAGAUCUUAGACGAAUCAACCCGGACUAUGUCACAAGUCUGCUUUCUCUUCUUGGCUCAUAUGAGUUUGAAAGAGGGCAAGCAAGAGCUAUCAUAAAAAUAGCAUCUGACCUUCCUGAUUGGAGCUGGACACUGGAACAAGUGCAGAGCCUGGGGAAGCUAAGAAAGUUCAUGGACCCCCGGGAACUGAAGGCUGCUCCUGUGUCAGUAUUCGCUUCUCCAGAUAUGUUGGAACAAAUGCUGCCCUCUGGUGGGCGGGAACAUCAACAGCAAACCAAGGAGAUUGCCCGACUCUUAAAGGGCAGUAUGGAUCCCAUUGGGACUUGGGAUGCGGAAGACUUCAAGUCAAUGGGGAGAUCUGCCAGUGGACUCGAUGUCAAUGACUUGGAACAAUUGGAUCCAAGCGUUGUACAAGGAGCCUUGAAGGACAUAGCUGAUGCUGAAUUCUCACCUCGUCAGCGUCAAGUCCUUGUAGAGAAAUACCGCAAAGCAAGAGGAAGUCUGCAAACUUCAAUGAGUGCUGAGGAUGUGAGAGAGAUGAAGGGUCUAUCUGUGGGUCUGAGUACGUCUGAUCUUGCACACAUGGCUCCGCAAGACAUCAGAGAAUCUGUUGACAUCUUCGCACAAAACUCCAAGAGAAUGCGCAGAACACAAAAGAGAGAAAUCAUCAAGCAGCUUAAAGAAGCACCAGGGGGUAUAGAAGACGCUAUUAGAGACAUGGGUGAUAUGGUAAAGGAGCUGCCACUCAAAGACAUGGAUUCUCUAUGCACAGCUAACUUCACUGCUUCAGCUGAUACCAAUUCCACACAGAUGGCUGCUGCUGGUAGAAUGAACUGGACAGAGGGACAGAGUAUGAAACUAUUCCGAUGUUUUAAGAAUGAAGUUCUUGGCGGGAACAAGGAAGGUAGCUCUGCUGAUCUAUUCACCCCAUCUACAAUCAGGUACAUGGGUAGCAUGGCCAAGGGAAUCACAUGCGAUGACAUCAAUGCUUUCUUUGACGAUGAUAUUCUACCUUUUGUCAGUGCCAUGAUGGACCAAGACAACUGGUCUCCAAGACAGCUUGACUGUAUUCAUAAGAAGGUAAAGAGCUCCCUGUCUGAAGUUCAUGCUGACUACACAGCAGACUUCAGUGAGAAUGAAAUCAACACAGUCACUGGGCAGCUACUGAAGGAGUUCAGUAUGGAGGAACUGGCAGGUAUACCUGAGAGUCAUUGUGAGAUGGUGUACUCUGAGAUAGGUAGAGAAGAUUUGAUUGGUCUGAAGAGAGAUAAACGAAGAGCACUGGCGUCCGACUCAUUGAAGUGUCUGGACAAAGAGACGUCUACAAUUGAGCAGGAUACCAUUGAUAUCAUUGGUAACCUUGUCUGUGAUCUUGAUGAGGAUGCAUUGAGGCGUUUGUCGGCUGCAGUCUUCACCGAUAACUUGUAUAACAUCCAGAAAUGCUGUCUGGACAUCAAUCAAUUGGAAGUCAUUGGAGAGAAGCUGAUUCAAGACAUUGGAUCACCUAACCGGUGGACGACUGAUACAAUCUCUGACACUGGUCCUCUCUUAGUCUCAUUGUCACAGCAAGAAAUACAGAACCUUGAUGAUUCGGAAUUCUCCCUUGUAGCAGAAGACGUGAUGCUUCGUUUUGCUGAGUACAAAGAAAGGUGGCAGCAAUAUUGUGACGUAGACCUGCGGUCCGAGGACAUCAGCCGCAGGGAGGAGGGUUUUGUUGCCGUGGCAAUCAAAGCCAAAGACGCAUUUGUUGCUGCUGCUGCUGUUGCCAAGAGAAGAAAAAGAAAUCCAACUUAUUCACCAACCUGUAAUGAGAUAGAGUCGUUGGGUGAGGGGAACGUAGCGUGGACUGUGGAGGAACUCCAAGCUAUGACAGUUAACACAUUUGAUAGCUGUGGAUAUGCACUUGGGGAAGUAUCUGGAUUCUCACAAGCUCAACUCAUGGCUGUCAUUGAGAAAGCCAAAAGUGCCUGGGGUGAGGCAGCAUUGAUGGCUGCAGACCAAGUUUCUCAGCUUGGUUAUUUGGCUUCAGGAUUUACUGCAUCUGAGAUCAAUCAACUCAAUCUGACAGAGAUAGAUACAGUGUAUGCUAUCGCUCAGUACAACAUCUACACAGCAGAGCAGUUAAGUGCUGGUGUUGGUAGAUACUUGGAGUUGAGUGGUUCGUCGAUGGCUAGUUUAGACUCCCUUGAUCUUACAGCUCUGGGGAAUUUCCUAUGUGGUCUGACUGUACAACAGAUGCAAGAAAUCUCCAGUGAUGCAUACAUGGAAGCAGCUAAUGCCAUUGGUGAUCUACAGAGCUGUGAUACCAGUCAGUGGGCCAUACUUCUGGCUAAGGCAGUAGAAGGAUACGGUAGCAUUACAACAUGGAUGCCUGAAGUAUACUCUGAAGUUGGAUCAGUCAUUGCUGGCUUCUCUAGUCAGGAACUGAGCAGUUUGUCUGAUGCAAGUUUAGCUGGCAUUAAACCCCAUGCAAUAUCACUCAUAGAACCACAGACUCUAGCUGCUGGAUGGAACCCCACUCAGCUCACUGUACUUGAUAGACUCCAAGCAGAAGCAAUAACCCCAGAGCAACUAGCUGCUUUAUCUCAAGACCAGCGUAAUGCCUUACUACAAGCAGAGUAUGGUGAUGAUGUUAAUCUAGCUGAGGAUAUUGUGAUGCAGACCACUCAGCAAGUUCAUGUACUUCCUACUCUCAAAGGGGGAGGAGCUUCGAUCUACCAUUCAGGAAUGUUGCCGGCAUUCAUUGUUAUGUACAACCUUCUUUAUCGCUUUUGCUUCUCAUUUCUGCCCUGUUAUUAGUUGUUCAAAUGUUGGUUUUAUUUUUAUGGUCAUUUCGAUGAUUGAAAUGGUGUUUUAAAUUGGUAACUUUAAAUUAAAUUGUUUUAUUUUAUGGGAUUUAUAGGCAGUUUAUACUUUUGGUAAAUUAUUGUUAAAGACCAGUAUCCAUAACAUUAUUGAUAUGUAUGCCAAUGAAUUGCCUUCUAAGUUGAUGACGUUUUAAGCUUAUUUAUUUAACUUUUGAAACCUUACAUUAUAAAGUUUCAGUUAUCAUCGUUUUUACUGUUAUAUGUUUUCUUAAAUACCACCUUUUGUUGAAGAAACAUUAAAAACACUCAUGGGCCAUAAUUGACCCUGCUCUUGGUCCAAGGGGCCCAUUGAGCCCAUUUUGUGUCGUAACCCAGAAUCUGUGAUAAAAUUACCAAGAAAUGGGUCAAACCAUGGUGAAACUGACGUCCAAUUCCAGCUUAAAUUUAAAGAACAUUGAGAAAACAAAACCUACAUAUGUUUUGUUACUAAGUUUCAAAGUGUUUUGUCCCAAAGUUCGUGUUUGAUGAACCUUUUUGUACCAAGAAAUAUUUUAUUUCAGUGCAGUAUUUCAAAAAGUUUACUUUAUUUAUAACUCAUUUGAGGCUUUACUGUUCUAAACUGAAACAAUAUUUAUAAGUAUUUAACUUUUAAACGAGAUUUUGAUUUGUUUUGUAUGAACUGUUUUUUGACUUAAUGGACAGUGGUUUUGAUUGAUUGAAUAAAUCACAGGUCCAUAUCUAAUCAAUAA